GAGGCGAGAUGCUGAUUCCAUCGCGGCGUCGGGACACCUGUUUCAACAUUCCCGUCGUCUUCGUCCUCGUCGUCGUCGUCUAUGAAACGGAUCGGCUGCGAAGGAGCGUACCUUCGUGUAAGAGGAGAAAGUGGGGAAGCAGGAGCAACAGCAGCGGAAGCAGGGAGACAAGCGAGAGAGAGAGAGGGGGAAGUGAUUGCAAAAGCGGGAGAAGGGAGAAAGUGGACUCACUUCCACUAGGGUACCCCACAUAUCCUUCGAGUUCUCUGCCCUAACUGGACCACCACCUCGGAGCCAACGCUGCUGGGAAAUGUGGAUGCAACCCGACGCCCAAGUCUUGUGGCGGUAUCGCUUGCUUUGUGGAUGAUGUUGGUAGCAGCAACAGUAUCAGCAGGGGCAGCAGUAUCAGCAGCAGCAGCAGCGCCAUAGCUACAGUUACAGCCGCGGCGACGCCAGCAGAAGCUGUUCCAUUUUUGUUCCUGGUGUAGAGCAUUGCGCUCGUUCCCCUCACCUUGUGUUGUGUUGUGCCGUGCGGUGCGACUCAGCCUGCGCAAGCCUUAGUGCGCUUCCGACUGGUUCGCACGCGAGUGUUGUGAUUGCGGGGGCAGGAGCGGCUCCUAGGGGGGUAGUACGAUCUCUGCAGACCAAAUCUGUGUCAUCUCUCUUCUCUGUGAAGCAAAUACAUUAUGAGGCAUCCUAUCAGGCAUUUGCAAGCGCCUAGUGUGAACGCCAAGAUGACGGAGCCUUCGAAAGUGCUUCAUAUACGAAACGUGGGUCCUGAAGUAGCAGAGAGCGACCUCCUCCAGCUUGCUCAAUCGUUUGGAGUGGUGCAGAAAGUGGUUAUGCUUCGUGCAAAAAAUCAGGCGUUGUUGCAGAUGCAGGACGUUCCAUCUGCUAUUAAUGUAAUGCAGUAUUAUACUACUGUUCAACCCAGCGUACGGGGCAGAAACGUGUAUAUGCAGUUCUCAUCUCAUAAAGAGCUCACUACUCCCGAUCAAAAUGGACAAACAAGGCGGUUACCUGCAGAGCAGGAACUGCUGCCCAAUCGAAUUCUUUUAAUUACCAUACACAACCCGCUCUAUCCUAUCACCGUGGAUGUGCUGCACCAAGUGUUUUCCCCUCAUGGCUUUGUCGAGAAGAUCGUCACCUUCACAAAGUCAGCUGGCCUCCAAGCUUUGCUGCAGUAUGCAUCGCAGCCUAGUGCAGUCCAGGCCAGGACAACUUUGCAAGGGCGCAAUAUCUACGAUGGGUGCUGUACGCUAGAUAUACAGUAUUCCAACUUGCAGGAGCUGCAGGUGAACUAUAACAACGAGCGGACGAGGGAUUUCACGAACGCAGCUUUGCCGUCGGAGCAGUCGCGACCAGGGAAUUCUGGGAAUAAUAUAAUGGGGGUUUCAUUGCUGCAGUCUUCACUCUUUGGAGAGGGUGGGCACAUGUACAACAUGGGGACUGGUGGGCCAAGGCCUGGGGGAUUUCAGCAGUCAGGGGGUCAUCCGGCACUAGGCAUGAAUUCAUACGGCCAGGUUGCCAUGGGAGGUGCAUCUGCGGCUGCUGCGGCAUUUGGUGGUGUGCUUCCUCCGGGUAUUACAGGCACUAACGACAGAAGCACACUGCUCGUCUCGAACCUUGUACCAGAGAAAAUCGACGCUGACAGACUCUUCAACUUGUUUUCGAACUACGGGAAUAUCGUCCGUAUCAAGAUUCUCCAUAACAAGCCAGACCAUGCUCUGAUCCAGAUGGGAGAUGGAUUUCAAGCGGAGCUGGCUUUCAACUACCUGAAGGGCGUGACACUGUUCGGAAAGCGCAUGGAUGUCAACUUCUCGAAGCACGCGCAGAUCAACCCGUCACCAGACACUAGCGAUUUCUCAUCGUCUCCUCUGAACCGGUUUAAUCGAAAUGCUGCCAAAAACUAUCGGUAUUGUUGUGCACCUACGAAGAUGAUCCAUGUGUCGAGUUUGCCAGCAGAUAUUGCCUUGGAAGACAUCACGAGUCACCUCUCUGCGCAUGGGACAGUUGUGAACGCAAAGAUAUUUGAGUCGAACGGGAAGAAGCAGGCUUUGGUGCUGUUUGAGAGCGAGGAACAGGCAACAGAGGCGCUUGUAUGCAAACAUGCGACCCAACUGCAGAGCAACACCAUCCGGCUUGCCUUUUCAAAGUUAGCUUCAGUGUAGUUGUAAUUUAGCGUAGUUUAGUUGAUGGGUAGGCAUCGUAGAGCUUUGGGCACAAUUUUGUAGUUUGGAAGAGUAUCUGCGAAAUCGGUUACGUAUGAUUGUAAUUGAAUGACAUAUACUGUAAUGACCUAUUGUAUGCGAAUAGGAUUGAGCAACAGGAGAUGGUCCUUCCGUCUUCCAUGCCUGCUGAGACAGUUUUGUCAAUGUAUAGCCAUCCCACCUGC